AUGUUGUUUCCCCGGAGAGACCUCAGUUUCGUGGUAUCUCCACUCAUCAACAGCUCGCCACAAGUUGCCCUGCGGGCUUAUGAUUAUUAUACCCGAACGAAGCGAGGUCUAGUAUCGAGGCAGGGCGGCGGUGAAAUAAUAAAGUCUAGAUUUGAGGCAGCUCGGGGUCGUAGAGGGUGCCGGCGCGCAGCCGCGGGCCGCGACCCGCGCCCUGCGCCGCCGGCAGUAGGUGACGGCCGCGCGACGUUUCCUGGCGCUUCUCCCGCGCGUCUCCGGACCACUGACGCCGCGAAAACCGCGCGGAAACCUCGUUUGUGCCCUUACAACCUACACGUAGAGUUCGUUUUGCCGCCCUUCAACCCUAGACCACACAUUGACUUUCAAAUCUCUAUGAAUACUAAG